AUGGGCCCGACGACCCAUGACGGGCCCGACGACCUACACAGGCCUUACGACCCAAAUGGGCACGACGACAUGAACGGGCUAGACGACCCGGACGGGCCCGACGAUCCGGACAUACCUGACGACUCAGACGACGCAGACGGGCCCGACGACUCGAACGAGCCUAACGACCUACAUAGGCCUUACGAACCAGAUGGGCACGACGACAUGAACGGGCCAGACGACCUAGAUGGGCCCGAUGAUCCGGACGGACCUAACGACUUGGAUGACCCAGACGGGCCGACGACCCAAACGGGCGCGAUGAGCCGAACGAGCUGGACGGGCUGGAUGGCAUGA